UUAAAGCCAAGAGAGAGAUCACAUGAGGAGCUCAGUCAUGAGAGAUCAGCUUAGUGUUCAGCCAUAUUCGCUACAUUUACUCUACUUCUGAGAGCCACGGUGGCAUUAUCUAAAUUACCUUUUCAUGCCCUCACUGAACUAAACGUGAGUGUGUAAGACACUGAGAGGAGAUGUUGAGAUAGCAUAUUAUUAUUAUUAUUAUUAUUAUUAUUAUUAUUAUUAUUAUUACAUAGUUAUAUUAACAGGUCUUGCAAAGUCAGUUUCCUUUCAAAAAUUUCAAGGAGAGCUGAAGCUGUGAUUAGGAAGAUGGAAGGGUCACAUGCUCACCAUGACCACAGCACCAUGCCUUCUGCAGUCACUGACCCACACGCAGGCCACACAGCGGACAAUGCCUCAGGCUCUGGAGGCCAUGAAGGCAUGAUGCAUAUGACAUUUUACUUUAGUUACAAACAUGUACAGCUGCUGUUUGCUGGGCUAGUCAUCAACACACCUGGAGAGAUGGUAGGAGCCUGUGUUGGGGUGUUUUUGUUGGCUGCAUUCUAUGAGGGACUGAAGAUUGGUCGGGAGGUCCUGCUGAGGCGCAACCAAGUCAAUGUACGCUAUAACUCCAUGCCAGUGCCAGGUGCUGAUGGCACUGUUCUCAUGGAGACUCACAAAACAGUUGGCCAACGAAUGCUGAGUUUGGCACACAUGUUCCAGACAAUACUACAUGUCAUCCAGGUGGUGGUCAGCUACUUCCUAAUGCUGGUGUUCAUGACCUACAAUGGCUACCUCUGCAUCGCUGUGGCAGCAGGAGCUGGGGUUGGCUACUUUUUGUUCAGCUGGAAGAAAGCAGUAGUGGUAGACAUUACAGAACACUGUCAUUAACCUUAGAGUUGGCUAUGUCACACACAAACACAUGUACUUGCUAUUUGAAAAUAUGAAAAACACAUACAGACCCUAUAUUUAAUUCAGAACCAACAUUGUGUAAUCUUUGCCAGAGUCAGCAGUGUUAGUGAUAUUUAUCAUACUAAAGAUUAGUUCUAGGUCCCUUAGUAGCAAAUGUCAUUUUAUAAACUUUUUUCUUCUCCUUCAUUAGUUUUAUUCAAAAGCCAGAAUGUCACAGCCCCCCUAAAGUCCACUCACUCUGGCAUCAUUUUGUUCUCAGUAUUGUUCCCUUUCAGUCAUCGUAUCUUUGGUUACUCCUUCAUUUAUACGCCAUUCCUCUCUGUGGGUGCCAUGAGUAGUGUGUGCACAGCUUUACAGUCUACCUCCUAGUUUAUGUUACACACACUAUUUGAAAGGCUAUGACUGUCAUUUGUUCUGCACUACAUAAUCCACUCCACACAAUUUACAGGCCCUUGUCCAUAAUGGGAAAUGAAGAGAGAGCACCUUAUUAAACCUUUUGCCUUAAAACAGGGAAAUAAACUGAAAGGUGUCAGCAGUAAAAAGGCAGAGCUCCUAAGAGGUCUAGAAAAUAGCAGUGAACUUCAAAACAAACCACGCAUGAGAUUAGGAUGGGUCUGUGCAUUUGUAACACCUGAUUAGAGUUGUAAAUGUUUUUUUUUUUUUUUUUUUUUUUUGCUUUGUAGUUGUAGAAUUGCUGAAAUGUAUUUUGAGGUGAAUCCAUGACAAAGUAGUGCUGCCAAGACAGAACACUGCAGGGUUGAAUAAUGCUUUUAAACUUUGCUUAUGACUAUCAACUCUUGUGUGCACACUUUUUGUGCAUGCAUACAUUGGGCUUCAUUCACCAAUGUCUUCUCAAGUUUUUUUUUUUUUUUUUUAAUGUGUUCUUGAGAUGGGCCCCAUCGAAAAAUUCUCAGAUCCUUCAUGUGUUAAACCGCAAAAUUGUUCACACCUUUUGAAUGUGUGUAGAUUCUGUUCUUAGCUGAGAAUAAAUCCUAAAUGAGAAUAUGUGAUGAAUGUCAGAAACUUCAGAAAACUGCUCGUGUUUUAAGAAGAAAUUCUUAAGAAUGGUUGGUGAAAUUAGGUCUCUUGAGAAAAAGAGGUGAUCACACCUGGUUGGCUUUGGCAUGAAAUUUUAUCUAAAAUUUGCUCCCUGUGGAGUAUUUUAAGUAAAAACAAAAUGGUGAAAUGCAGACUAUAUCUUUGAUGCCAGUGUGUCCUUUAAUAUUCCUUUUUAUAUUUAUAGCAUUCUACUACUGUAAACUACAAAACAUACAGCUCACUAUUUUUUGCAAUUAAUUUUUUUCCUCAUUGUUAGGUUUUAUGUAACAAGCCAAAAAAUAUAAUGACAAAAGGUGUAAAAUUCUCUGAAAAUCAAUGGUAUUAAUAUGUAACUCUGUGCAUUCCUUAUUGCAAAAAAUGGGCCUCACCUAUUUUCAGCAAUUUGUUUUGUGGCUCUGAUUCUUGAUCGCUGGAGUGUGCUUUUUUCCUGUUGGACUUAGCUAACUAAUGCAAGUCUUCAACUAGAUAUCUGCCUUACCAAUCAGAAAAAAGGCACAAUCCGAAACAGUUUUACAGGCAUUAAGUACUUGGACAUAGAAGUGUGUUCACUAGAAAAUAAUCAACUGAUUUCUGAUUGAAUUCUGUUGAUUUUGUUUUAGUUCUAAUAGUUAUUAUAUAAUUUUCAAGAUAUUGUUUGUACAAGCUGCCAGAAUACUGUGUGACACUGGAUUUGAAAGUCAUCCUCCUUAAUACCAGGUUUAAAUAAUUAUAGAAUAACUGGAUUUAGAUUUUGGUCUAUACCAUAGAACCAAGUAAGUGCUGAAACAUGCUGAUCAAGUAUCAGUAGGAUUAUGGCUUCAAAUCAAGUGCAGCAUCAGUUUUAACUGUUUACAAUUGUCAUUUGUGUAGUUUGACAUACAGUGCUGUAAUCGAUUAAGAAAAUUAUGGAAUGUAAUUAAAAGCAUAAUUGAUGUGA